CAGGUCACGUGACACGCGUGGCCUUGGAAAGUUUCGUGUGUGUGUGUGUGUGUUGCCUGUUGUAAAGGAUCCAUUGUAAUCGUAGCUUGCUUUAGGUAGUACUACUCGUUUGUAAGUUUACCUGUACGUCGAGUAAUUCUUGUUAACUAUGUCGAUGUCUGGGGAUGCAGUGGACGAAGGGAAGUUGUUUGUUGGUGGACUGAGUUGGGAGACUGAUGAAGUAAAAUUGAAGGAAUACUUUAGUUCGUAUGGUGAGGUGAAGGAAGUUUCUGUCAAGAAAGACAAGAUGUCCCAAAAGCCCAGAGGGUUUGGAUUUGUCACAUUCACGGAUCCAGCGUGUGCUAAGAUGGUACUGGAACAAACAGAAAUGCAUUAUUUGGACGGGAAAAAAAUUGAACCAAAGUUAGCGUUGGCCAAAUCAGAAUCCAUGGUACCUACUAUCUCUGAAAACAAGGAGAAUCCUAAUAAAGUGUUUAUUGGUGGCAUUCCACCGCUUGGUAAAGAGUUCAUAGACCCUGCUCUUUAUCAGGCUGCCAUUGAUGAACUCAAGGAAGAGGUCAAGAGUGCAUUGGAACAGUUGGCUUACCCAGAAUCAGUGAUCGUCAAAGACGUGGAGAUUAAACUAGACACUGCCAGUCUCAAGCAUAAAGGGUUUGCAUUUGCAACCUUCCCAACAGAAGACUCUGCUCGCGCUGUGUGUAACAAGCAGUUCUUUAAAUUGAGAGGCAAAGAUGUUGAGAUCAAGAAAGCUGAGCCGAGACCUACCAAGUACAACCGAGCUGGUGGCAUGGGUGGAGGGUAUCAAUAUCAUCCUCCUGGAGGAGGCUACAGUCAUUAUGACACCUCUCAGACAGCAGCGGCAGCACCCUACAAUCCUUACUAUGGGUCCAGUUACGGCUAUCCACAACAACAAAGCUCCACCAACAGCUACAACAGUCAGCCAAGCACUAACACUGGAUCACAUGGGAAUUAUGACAACUACCCAGGCUAUGGAGGUGGCUCUCGUGGAGAGACUGCUGCUGCUAGCUAUGGACAAACCUAUCCUCAAUCUUACAGCUAUGGUGCGGGGGCGACUGGACAAGGCAUGCAGCAUGGGUACCCCCAAGCAUCGUAUGGAGCCCAGCAGCACCAGCAACCACAACAAUCAAACUAUUACCAGAGCCAUGGAAUGCAUCACUCAACUUGACCUAUCCAAACUAACUGUUGAAUUUUCUGUGUACGUAUAAUAUCACAUUAUGCUUGAACUUUGUGCACUUCUUUUUCUUAAUAAAAUCACGUGAGCUCAA